AUGGAAGAGGUUCCUCUUAAGCAAGAUACCGAGAUCCCGCAAGUGAAGGCUGAAGACAAAAAAAGCAGCAGCGCAACGUCGAGUAGUUUCUACAACAAGCGCACCUUUAUUAUAGCUGCCAUUGUUAUAUUGGUGUUACUGAUCUUGGUCAUUGUAUUGGGAGCACUUCUUGGAGCUGAACGAACGAAGCGCACCCCUAAAGGUAUGGCUUUUAGGUGAUCUGGUGGCCUACUUUUGUUUAGUUAGAUGUGUAGCUUUAGAUCCAGGCAGCCUCGGUUAAACGAAUUCGUCUUCACACUACUGCUAGUUGUAAAAGGAUUUGCUAGUGACCUUCAAUUUGUGUUUCAGACAUACGACUCUGCUGACUCUACUGCAAAGGUGUUUUCGACACAGUAGAGAAGGCAGAGAAGCUCAAGAUAGCAGCAGUUACAUGUGUUGCGGCUGUUUUGCUAAUCAUAUGUCUCAAAGCGUUUUUGCACAACAUUCGUCCGGAGAAUGUAAAUUUGGGAUUAGCUGUAGCGCUGAUGAAUAACAGUCAUUUAAGAUUUGAAGGUCUUAUCUACAUAACUAUGCGAGAAGCUGAAAAGCAAACAACCAAGCAAGUAAGUAAACUACCCUUGUGAACAAGAAUCAAAAUGAUGGAGAUAUCGACAAACAAGUUGACCAACAAAUCUAGACAAUUUGUAUGGUUGAUACGACGAUGUUCUCUAAAGGCGCGGGAAUUUGAUGGCUAGUACAAUCAUAUUUUUGUUGGGGGACCGGGAGGGGGCGAAUUUGAUCACCAAUAAUGACCCGCGGGGUUGAAUUUUUAAAAACCUAAAUCAAAUGAAGUUUGAAUGACUGGUUCAUGACCUCAUAUCAAUUAGUCAAUCACCAAGAAAAUCAAUCUUGUUUACCGAUAGUCACACUCGUCAAGCGACACACAUACAUAAUCUUUAUUUAAACACGAUAAUUUUUAAAGCUAUAAAAGCUUGUGGGGUCGUGUGUUUAAGAAUUGAACUAAAACAUCCAGACCAAACAUUCAGAAAAUUUGACUGUCUCGUUUUGAGAAAACCCUAGACUGUUCACUGUCCCCUAUUUUCCCGUAAGAUCGUUGAGAUCGAGCUCUAUGCGUUACGGGCUGCCAUCUUGGAUGAGUGUCAAAACUACUUAGGGGGCGUGGGGCGGUUUUUGAGGAAGUGCCUCCCUCCCCCUAGAGCUACAUGUAUAAUCCCCGACGCCCGCCCCCUCGAUACAUUUGAAAAUCAAGAUGACCGCCAUGAAAAGAAAGACGCGACAUAUCUCGACGAUCUCACGGAAAAAUAGGGGACUGUGAACAGUCUAAGGAAACCCAGGAGGUACUCCCUUAUAUAGCCUAUACGGGGGUGUGCCGCUGGACAGGGUAUGGUUUUUGACCUCUCUGUCUUAAAACAGUGUGUAUACAUAAUUUGGCGCGAGUCUGUCCUAAACAGAGUAUAUGAUUUUGUGCUAGUCGGUCCUAAUAAAAACGGGAUGAAUUUUGUUUGUACUCUAAGUAUAUAAAAGCAAGGGCCACCUAAUGACGGUUUCCUCCUUAAUACAAUGAAAACUCUUUUUAGGCUAUCCAGAGAUCUAUAAAAAUGCAUUCUGAGCGGCGCUAUCAAAUUUGUAGUUGUUCGGUCACCUUAGGGGAACUUGAAUCUUUUCGAAAUUAUUAGGGCUUCAGAGUAUAAUAGGGAACUUAAGAACCACGACGAAGUGCACGACGACGACGUCUGUCGACUGGGAAAAGACUGGAACGAGAACGUCAGUUUCGGCGGGAAAAAGGAAACUUGAGAUGCAGUCGGGUCGGUAGGUCGACGACGACGACACUAAAUGUAAACACAAAUGUAAAACUGUGAUAUUCGUUCGCGACAAAGCAAGAUCUUAUUUUUUAAGCCGGACGUCUAAUUUCAUUGACGAUGAAGAAUUUUAAUUUUUGUGUUGUCUGACCUUUUCGAGUGGAAAAACAACUCCUUUCCGUACGAAGAUUAUUCAACUUUCAACCUGAAUGAGAUGACCGAGUCCGAGUGUCUGUAAGAGUUUAGAUUUGGGAAAAGAGACAUUCUGAUGUGAUAUCCGUUUUCCAUAUAAAGUUUAUUUCCUCUAUAUUAAUGAUAAAUUAUUUGCCUUACCUAAAUACGUACAAAUAAAUUUAUCACUUACGAGUUCGCUCGCUCGGCCCGGCCACAGCUGUUGUCAUUCUUCGAAGUAAAAACAAUUCACUAGUCGAAUUUUCAAUCAACAUCGCUUGUUAGGAGGAAAAAAGAACGACACCUGGAUUUACGAGGAUAAGAAAAUGAGAAGGAAUUCAAAAAUCGCUUACAACAGUGGAUUUAUAUCUGCCGAAGCUUGUGGAUUGCAGGACGACGUGGUUCUACUUUGCUUGGCGCGUCGUCGACGACACCACGACGACGAAAUUUACUGGUCGCGCUUGUGUAUGUAGUACACUGUAACUCACUUCCGGUCGUCGUGUCGUUGUCGUGAUUCUUAAGUUCCCUAUCAUAGGUGACGAAUUAAACCUUAAUUUUGGCUCAAAAUUUCAGCGAUAAUUUGAAAUUACAAAAUUGCCAUGGCAACCUUCCGUACGUCAGUGUCAAGAUGGCGACAAAGUUUCAAAAUGUCAUGAACGAAGAUGCCAGGGCAUAAAAAGACGCCUUAAAAAACCUGAACACACGAAAGAGCACAUCAAGAAGGAUUCUAACAGGUAUUUUGAUGACAAAUUCUGAACUUAAGCCAAAUUUAAGCUCUAAACGUUCGAGAGAGGGAGUUCUCGAUCCAGGAUAAACAUGUCAAAAACCGAAGAUUGAUAACGUAAUUCGUCACCCAUGUUAUUAAUAGGUAAUCAAAUGGUAUACUCGUGAAAUUAGGGAAUAAUUUCACUUGCGUUUUGUCUUAUAUAAGCCAUAUAGCCCAGCCCUAGGCUAAAAUAGUGAAAUCGAUAGCUUGUCGCAAUUUCAGUCAAGUGAACGAACAUCCAUCAAUUGAUGUUUUGUGUCCAUAUUCAUUGUGUCAGUGGGACAAUUCUCAUGAUAGCAGUAUCAUAAACUGCCCUUUUAAUCCUAGAUCCAUCCCUGGAAAAGUAUACCCUCAGUUCACCAUUCAAGUAAGAAAACGUCCGAGAAAUACUUGCAGGUACAAUCGACUACCGAUAACCCGAACCCUCGGUAACUCGACCCUCGCACUAACUCGAACCAAAAUCGAUUUCCCCUAGAUUUCCUUCAUUCAUUUACUGCGAUUUUACAAACGGGCUGUUUUAGUGAUUUUUUUUUAAAUAAGGAAAUCUUUAGAAAUUUCAACCAAAUUUAAUACCAAAACUCUUCGUAAGGUCUUUUGUCAUUCGCCUCAAAAAUGGUUGAAUUAAACACUGCAGCUCAUAAACAAAAUUAAAGCGUGGAAUGUAACCAUAAUUACCAUAAUUACAUAUCUUGCUUGGAACUUACGCCUUAGUCGAAACACCUUCGGGAGGCUCAAAAUUUGACUUUUCGACAAUUUUGUGUCCAAGAAUUCAGCGCAGAUACAAAACAUCACGAGCUGGUACCGCAGAGGGGUAAACUUGGUAAACUGUAGUGUCUUCUGUACUGAGCGGAAUUCUAAAGGAGCGCUUUUAUGAAAAGAUAUAAGGCGUUAGUCUCAGGGAUGACAGAUUUUGUUCGUUUAAGCGAUUAUAUCUUGCUGGCAAACUUUAAAUUGCAAACUCUGCCCAAUACAAAACACACUAAAGGUUUUGACCGUCAUUUCUUUAUAAAAUCGCGGAGUUCUGUCUUCUAUCCUUUCCGCAAACAUGGACCCAAAAUCAUAAUUUCCCAAUUUGGUACAACUGUUGCUUAAAACUCGCUGUAAAGCGCGAUCUACCAAAUAAAACAACCCUCAUAAACUUCCAUCAUUUCACAAUGUCUCUGUAAAAUUGUAUCCAAAUCACCUCUAAAACAGCCGAGAUAUAAGCGUUUUAAAAGAUGUAGCAGAAGCAAAAAUUUUGCCUUAUGAAUUUAUUCAUAGUAGGUGUUCCACCGGGCCAUAAAGUGUUUCGAAUAGCCACAACCAUAUGAAAAAAAACACAGGGCAUUCCUCGAAAAUGUUAAAAAAUGUUCAACGAUAUUAAUUUUUUACAGGGCGUAGAGGAAAAGAAGAUGGCGGUAAAAAGUCUGUUGUUGUAGCAACUUCUGCUCCUGCUCCUACUACUCCUGGUACUGAAGCGUGGUGGAAUGUUCGUCUUCCAGACAACAUUGUUCCUGAUCACUAUGACGUGGUUCUUUAUAUUGAUCUUAAGAAGCUGGUGUUCUUUGGAGAUGUAUCAAUUCUGGUGAACGUAACAAAGCCAACUGAGAAUGUACUGGUUCAUGUCAAUAAGAUGAAUAUAACGCAGUCUCCUACUGUGGAGAAGGCUUCAAGCGGGGGUAAAUUAAAAGUUCUCCCACUGUCUUUGAUCGUAUGUUCCCUAUAUUUGAAAUAAAUGUUUCUUUGUAACCUUAUGUAAAAACCCAAACGAAGACCAUUAAGGAAGACGAGGUUUAUGCUAAGUUGCUUUCUUCUCUCUUUUAAUUUCAGAGGACAUAUCGGUGACAAUCGGUCAUAAAUUGAUUUUAAAAACACUUAAAUACAAUUUUCUUUUGUAAUGAUUUUAUUUUUCAUUUCCCAGCUCCACUUGGAAUACAGAGACACUUUUGGUUUGAAAAGAACCAGUUUUAUGUCAUAGUUUUGACCUCCGCUUUGGAGAAAGGCCAACAAUACAAGAUCAAGAUGAAAUUUAGGGCAGAGGUGGGUGAUGGUCUCGCUGGAUUGUACAAGAGUACAUAUACAAGAGAAGAUGGGACAGAAGUGUAAGUCAAUUUCAUAAACCCUUCCACGCUUUUUUAAAACUUUUGACUGGGACCACGGUUAGGCACAAUACGCUAACAUGGCUAAAAAGAACGCCUUGAAAUAAGUUAAGAUGCCAUUUAGUUUGAACACGAUUUGUGGAAAACUAAAGAAGAUAUGGUUCCGCAAAAACGCCGAAUUUUACAGACGUUUGUAUGGUGGGAAAUAAGUUUAUUCCCACACCAUACAAACGUCUGCCAAAUUUCUCGACUUUUUGGAGCAAUAUCUUGGCUCGUUGUUCGGCACGUAUCACCGUUAAACUUGGUAAGUUUUCUAAUUUUAUGACACUCCUUCUGGCAAAGUCAGUGGAUAAUUACUAACUGGUCUUAAUCAAAACUUGAAAAAAACCGUGAAAGAAUUUAUUGUGUUGCCAUUGCUUUUAAGAAACAGGGUCUUGUUGUCACGUCCAGGAACUUGCAUAUUGUCAUUGGGUCACAAUACUUUUGUUUAACCCCUUCAGUUUGAUGCAAAGCCGAAAAGUGAACACGAUGUGCACUUGUUUAUAGGAAAGUGAAAAAUGUGGCCAGAAUAAGGGCGCCCGAAAUUUGCGUCUAGAAGGAAUUAAUGUUUUUUGCCAACACUUGAAAGAAUCUGUCAUAGAAUAUUAUUUAAUCAUGAUUAGCACUUGCAGGUUCAACUAAUAGGCCAUUUUACAGCUGUGUGCUUGGGCUCUGGACAGAUAGAUAAAUAGGUGAGGCUGGAAGUGCUGCAUUUCAUGUGCAAAUUGUGUUAUUCUCAUGCUAGAUGAAGAUAAUCAUGCAUUUACAUUAUUAAAAACGAGAAAGUUUGUAACAAGGUCACCUUUAGAUCGCUUUUGUUCAAACGUCAUGACACUGAGCACACACUGACUGUAAAAUGACCUAUUAGUUGAAAGCAACUGAAUUUGUGGCAUUUUCAUUGUAGAACUAUGGCAGCUACACAGUUUCAACCUACGGAUGCACGAAGAACAUUUCCUUGCUUUGACGAACCAGCUCUAAAAGCAACAUUUACUUUUACUUUGGUACACGAUCCAAAGUUGAUCUCCAUUGCGAACAUGCCCAUUAAGAGUACUGAGAUAAAGUAUGGCUGGCAGUUUGAUCAUUUUGAAAAAACUCCACGAAUGUCCACUUACCUAUUAGCUUUUGUGGUGUGCGACUUCGAUAAGACUACUAAAACUACUGGACGUGGAACAAAGGUAAGCACGAUAAAAUAACAUGUUAGUUAUGUUAAUGAGAUAAGAUAAGAUAUAUUUCACUAACCGCUUGUUUAUAGAAGAUUGUAAGCAUGCAGUUACCAUGCCUUUCGUAAGACUGCUGGAAAAGUGAAAACUGUCCAAAAAAUCAGAAAAAUAUACCUGUUGAUUUGUACCUUAUUAUAGUAUCUUAUAUUUUACUUGUCAAGGUAUUCUAGUUAGCAUGAUUUUUUUGUUGAUGAGUUGAUGAGUUAGAUCAUUUAAUUCGUAGAUGACGUUCUAUGCUCCACGAGACAAAAUUGAUCAAGUUGAAUAUGCCAAAGAGAAUGCAGUCAUAAUGUUAGAUUACAUGGAGGAGUAUUUCAAUAUUACCUACCCUCUACCUAAAGCUGGUAAGCGUUCCUGUGUCAUUAAGUUGUACUCUUUAGACAUUCGAUAAACAGGUUCAGCUCUUAUAACUAUCCGUGUUUGUUGGCACCCAAAUGCUUGGUACGUAGCUGCGUCGCCUUUCGUAUCAUGAGGUACAUUGAGCGACCGUAUCAUAGCAGAAAUCGAGAGGUUUGAAUGUUUUUUGUACCUGACGCGACUGUCUAGAAAAAAAAGCUUGCAAGGUGUUCGUAUUGACCGGAAAGAGUGAGUAUUGACCGGAAAGAGUAUUUAAUCCUCACAAUCUGGGUGCUGAUCAUGCCAGUGCAAAGCUGCUUCUAAUAUAACCUCUUCAGCAUACACGCACAUUUUGUUAUAUUGUUCUAUUCCUGAUACUUCUGAAUCGGGCGCAAAAGCAAAAACAAAAUAAAAACAAAAAGUUAACAAAAAGAUAUAACGCGUUGAAGGGGAAAGAAAAUACCGGAAAAAACGAGAGGACAGUAAGAAUUGAGAUGGUAGAAUUUUUCACAAAACACUCCUUAUGGUGCUUGGCAUUGUUUUUAUAGCCAUUAUCCUUAGUAGUAACACAGUGCAUACUUGUACUUUUAACCACAUUUGUGUCUGCAAGGAUAUUACUUCCGAAAGAAGCAAACAUUAAGUGGAUCGUAAAAUACUUCCUCCGUGACUCAGUCAUGAACUGCUUAUUGACUCAAAUGCAUGAGUUUAUCAUUUUGUUUAAAAGUUACUCACUAACAGAUUCUCAAAAGUAUCUAAUUUUGAACAUAACUUCCAUUUUGCGUGACGCCUAAAAUCAGGGUCAGUUAAAAUCCGGCACCUGUCAGUUAUCUACUAAUGUGAUGAAAACUCUGCCUUUUAAUUUGGUCCAUUUUGGCCAGUUGUCCAAAAUGCAGCGCUCUUAUUGGUUGAGUUCCAAAACGGCCUCUCCUCUUCUAUAGUUUUAAGAACUUUUUUCAUAUGGCUUCGUAUUAUGUUUUUGCAGAUAUGGUUGCCCUUCCUGACUUUGCCUUCAGUGGCAUGGAGAACUGGGGAAUAAUAAUGUAUCGAGAGGCAGCCUUGCUUUACAAACCUAACGCUUCGUCAGAAGCUAAUAAGCAGCGCACAGCUGGCAUUUUAUCACACGAACUUGCUCAUCAGGUAUGCUUUUUCACUCUUGACUUACUGUCAAGGAGAAGUCUCACUGUUCUUCUUUUGCUGCAGAAGAUACUUCUAAAUCACGGCAAAACAAACUUGUUAUGCUCUAAGACGGAAUGGCAAAGUGUAUCAAAAUAUGUGUUUAAAAAGUAGGAAAACCAGGCGUGUCAAUGGUGCUCCAUCUUGCUCAGUUGUUUUAAACAGUAACAAUUGCUUUUAAUCCGCUGAAGAAGAGGGAGCACCCUUGAAACAUUUAGCUAAACAUUGCCAUUCUCUCGAUUAUUUACGUUUCACAGUUUCUUCAAAACUUUUUGUAAGUCUCUAAGACGGUUCAGUUAAGUAGUAGCCCAAAUUUCAGUGAACGACUUGAGUGGACGGCUGCGUCAAGUGAAACCCAAAGCUCGUUUUACAGGCGAAUGUAAUGUAUAACAAUGUCAAAUGGUAAAACCUUUCGGCAGCAAAAGAAAAGUAGUUCAAAAUUGCUUAUUUCGUAGAGCUGGUAUGUAUCGUGCAUAUGACUGUCCUUCGUUUAAUUUUGGUUUCAGUUUGGGCUUUAUGACUCUUGUGUACAUCACCCAUGAGCAUGCCACUUUCAUAUAACUUGUAUUCAUGAUUAAACCACGUCAUUUUCUUUCUACAGUGGUUUGGCAACUUGGUUACUAUGGCUUGGUGGGAUGAUCUUUGGCUGAACGAAGGAUUUGCCAGCUUUGUCGAAUUUUAUGGAGUCCAUGAAAUAGAACCUGAGUGGAAAAUGGUAACCGAUGUCUCCAAAAUGGCAUUAAACAGUUACUGCAAUUAAAGAUGCACAUAAAAUUCUAACAAGUUUAAAGUGGUUCCCUUUUGAUAACGGAAGGGACGGGCCGGGGUUAUCAUUAAAACAGUUAUAAACGUCUUGGAAAUAGCAAGCUUCCAAAGAUGUUUCUAAAUAACCCAAUGUACAGAAAAACGAUUAAAACAAAGAAACAGUACUUGUAAAUAAGUUACCAUUAGAAAUGAGGUUCACGACCGAUAAGCAGGACUGAUUCACGAUGAUAAACUGAUUAUAGAAAAAUUGCGCUUUGUGCCUGAAACUGUACAAUAAUUACCACCUAGCAAAGGCAACUGAAAUCGGGCUGUGGUAAUCUGGUAAAAUAACCCGUCCCUACAUAGCAACAAUCCACUUAACUCUCGGACGUACACGCAAAUUCAUACCCCCCGCCGUGGCACGAGGGGGGGGGGUGUGGUGGUUGAUAUGUUGCAGUAUUUCGAAACGAUUUUACUUUCACUGAAAAGCCUUUGAUCUUCUCAACAAGAUGAGGUAUAUUUUAAGGGUGGUGGGGCUGCUGGAGGCCUGUGACGUCACCAAACAGGGUCGCCAACUUGGAUUUUACCAAGAAUUAGAAAUCAGGGAAAAACCGCGUGAACUGGUAAUUUUUUGAGCUUGACAUGUAAAAUAACACACAACUAAGUGCUUUGCACCACUUUAUCUGCAAGCCCCACUUUUAUUGUUGAAAGAAGUAAAAAAUAACUUGCUUUUUCUCUCCGGCAAAAAUGGCUUCACCACCUUCUUAUUACGACGCUAUAUCUUGCAACCAUAGUAACUGUCCAUCACUAAACUUGACUGCAAAAAAAAGCGGGGAAUAGACGAACAGCUACUGAAAACGUCAGGUGCUGAUGUUCUAUCGUCUAGGAAAAAUCUUAGAAAAACCUAAGAGGCGGGUGGUAGCCACCCCCCUUGUACGCUCGAGGGUUGAAUCAUAGAGAAUAGAAACUACAGUAGUUAGUAAAGAGAAUGGUUUGCAGAGGACGUUUUUGUUCUUUUCCUUCAGCUAGACCAAUUUGUAGUUAUAGACAUGAUGUUGGCAUUCACACUGGAUGGUUUGGCGAAUUCUCACCCAAUCAGGGUUCCUGUGAAUCAUCCGGAUGAAAUCAAUGAGAUAUUUGAUUAUAUCUCAUACAACAAGGUCAGUUGGUUGUUAUUUGAAUCUUCCGCUUCUUGUAUUGGAUGUUUAUUUGACCAUUACCCCAAACUUUACUUAGAAACAGUUGGUAAUUUUUGCUCAGUGUGAUUCUCAUCUAUCUGUCAAUUUUGAUGAGGAAGUUUGGCUUGCGCAAGAAAGCGUGAAUUUUAUUUAUUUUUUUAUUUUUAUUUAUUUUUUGUCAUUAAAGGAUUCUUUUUCACCUCAUACUAUUUAGAUCCCAUUUCCCAGAAUGGAUUUGUUGGGUCCCUGCUAUACUACUAAUGCAAAUCACUGCAUAAUUAUUCCUAUCGCAAGUCAACCGAUACGAAUACUUGAUUAUACUAUACCACCACCAGAACCACGAAUACUACAAUCCUCACCAUUACUUCUCUCGACGUGAUGUUUUAUAUUUUAUUAAUUGUCAGGGAUCAUCAGUAAUUCGCAUGCUUCAACAUUUUCUCGGUAAAAGUGUCUUUCAGAAAGGAUUAACGGUAGGUAUAUAUCCUUGGUUGAUGGAUUUAGAUUUAAGCUUCGAGUUUGAGAGUGCCUAAAUUGCAUGUGAACUAGUGUGAAUAAGUCCGUCAAAAGGUCAUUUCGAUAGUGUUGUACAUUCACUAUUAUUCUGAGUUACUCUAAAAAAUAACCCAAACAUUUCCUGCUCAGACCUUUAAAAGAGUCCUUAAAAGUUUAUUAAACACUGAGUAGCAUAAUAAUUAAGCCGUUCCAAAAUACUCCGUAACAUUCUAAACAUUUUAAGGUUUUCAAUCUCUGCUAAUCUGUAGGCCUUAUAUCAGACGUCUAAUCGUUUAAAAUUCCUAUAGGCGUUCCAAGUUCUCAGCUUUGAAUCUGUUUCGUGAGAGGUUGAUCUUUGCUUAUUCUCAGUGUUUUCUUUGACUAAUAAACGCCCACUUAAUUUUUAGCGUUACCUCAACAAAUAUCGGUAUGGAAAUGCAGUGACAAAUGAUUUGUGGGAUGCUUUUGAAGAGGUGAGUAUUCAGGCAGGUAUUUGUUUCUCGUAGUUUCGUUAUUUGUGAAUUACAAAACCGACACCUGAGUAUAUAUCAAUAGAUUGAAUCUUUAACAAACUGUUAUUACACUGUAAUUUAUCCACAUACACUGAAAAGGCUAAGAACACUUUUAGAUCAAGCUAUAGUAAAUUGAGUUAUUACUACCAACCCAGAUAUCUUUCACUCAUUUUUAUAUUUUGCAAUCCUAACGUGAUCACAGUGAGUCAUUAGUGACCUAACAGAUUUGACGUCGAGUGUAAGAGGGGGCCAGCUAUGACCUCAGAAGGCAUGCAAAAUCUUGAUAUUGACUAGGUGCCUCCAUGAAGAACCGGGGCCAGCUGACAGAUAAGAUCGGCGUGAAAUCCAGAUUGUCAAAAGCACUAAAUAAGUGUUUUGAUUCCCUUACUCGAAAUACAAUCGAAAGCUAGGUCUCUAAACGUUAAAUGCAGUCUUUCAUCAAUGAAAUAAAAAUGCAAAGCUCAGGAAUGUGAAAAGGCGUAAACAUACUUAUGGAGCUACCGAUGAGGCUCGUCAUUUUAAAACGAGUGUACUCAAGGUACUUGCAAUUACGUCAGUUGGACAUGGAUGCAAACGUGGCCUCAACAAAUCGUUUACCAUGUCUCUUUAUUUUUGCUUGCUCAGGUUAAAUGUUUUGGCGAUUUUUUCCACGAUGCACAGAUUAAAAAAGUUCUUAUAGGCUUAUUUGAAGAUUUAUAGCCAGGGAUACACUCCGACACCUUUUAAUGUAACGUAUCAUAAUUCUUUGUAGGAAAGUUGUGCGCAGGGCAGCUGUAAACGUGUCAAGCAAUUGAUGGACACCUGGACACUGCAGAUGGGGUACCCCGUGUUAACUGUUACCAAGAAAAGUGGAAAUACAUAUACUGUAUCACAGGAGAGGUUUCUUUACGACCGAAAUGCAAAUUUAACCUCGAAAUACAAGAACCCAUUCAAGUAAAUAUCAAUGUAACGCUGUCAUUUUUCCCUCUAUGUAGUACAUAUACCAUAAGCCCUCUCGUCCAAGAUCCUUUCUCAAGUGCAAAUAUGGCAUCAUUGGCACAAUGUUGGCAGUUACCAGUACAUACCACGUACCCCUUUUGGCAAUGCGCGUUCGAGCCGCGGAUCGGAAAUAGCUCAUGCUGCUCCGCAAAUCCAACUGAUCUGUUUUUCGAUCUCUUUAGAAGAAAUAUUUGUACCUCGUUAUCAAAUUUUCCUGAAAAACAAUUUUCUGCAGUAUCUUGUUCCUUCGCCAUUCGCCUCGACUAGUAUGCCAGCUUUUCCGUGGCAGCAACAUAUAAAAACAUAUCAUCAUCAUCGUCAUCACCAGACUGUCGAUUGCAGGAGCUCUUUUUCAUUUUGCAUAGUUCUAGGCAACCCCGAGACGGCACGGUUUCUAUACAAUUUUUUUUUGGAAAAACUAACCAGAGUUCAAGUUUUUAAAAAAAAAAAAACAAAGCAUCCCAUUUUUAGCAAAGUUUAAUUUUCUUGAUGCCAUUAACUCGAUCAUAGAACAUUCCAUCAUUAAACACUUACACCAUCACCAUUAUUUAUAGUUAUACUCCAAUCUAUCGUUUAGGUUAACUUAAUUUAGGAUAUUCAGGUGAAUGGCGCCCCCUACUACCUGCAGCCCUACGGUAUUUUACAAAUAACAUCUGACGUAUAAUAUGUAAGUUGCCGAUCAAAUUUAAAUUCAGGUUAAAUUUUUAGCCCGAGGAAAAUUCUCACAAUCCUUCGCCUCCUAACCUUACAAAUUAGAAAAAGUAAAUCAAACUGCAUUUAUUUUUGACCUGUAACACGUUUACGUUUUUUUUUCAGUUAUAACUGGGUCGUCCCAUUUACAUACGUCACGGGAGGUAAAUCCGAGCCUACAUCCAAGCUUCUAGACAUGACGUCAGGUAUGAAACUCACCUCCGUUAAUGUUUACCGUGCUCAGCAUUUAGUAAUUUCAGUUUCCGUUGGUAUUUUCGAUAUAAUUAUAAACUUGAACGUCAAUCAAAAUAGUUGUUGUAAAAAUAAGUAACUCUAAAUAAGAGGAAAUUUUGCUGGAACUAGCCAUAAACAGGUAGUGGUGGAGAAAUGGGUUUUCAUUAUUAAUUAAGAAAAAAAUGUUGCAAUAUUUUAUAAGGAAAAGUUUCCACGGUCGAGUAGCGAAAAGCACCCCUUCUGAAAUGCUAAGAUUUACGUGGUCGCAUAGGAGAAGUACUUGCACCAAGAAAACCUAUUUUGGUAAAAAUAUAUAUGAAUGCAUGUAUUUCUCUGCAUGCAAGUCAUAAAUUAAUGAUCUUUUCCUUUAUCCAUGAUGAUAUAUCAGUUCAGUUAAUCCUGUUACGAAAAACCUACUUUGGUGUAUCUUGCUACCCUAACUGUUAUUAGCUGAAAUUGAGUGGGACGGUAGUGGCUGGCUCAAAGGAAAUGCAGGUCACACUGGCUUCUACAGAGUCAACUAUGCUGAACAACAGUGGGAUCAAAUUAUUAAACAACUGGAAACAGAUCACAAGGUC